AUGCAUGCCUCCCUUGUCAUCCUCAAGCUCGGCCUCCUCGCGGCUAGGGCGGCGGCCGAGUUUAUCCGCGGCUGCAGCUGCAUGCUCUACUCGACUCAGAUGUCCCUAGAGAAGGGCACCGACUACGCCGUGCUGUGCCACUGCCAGGCCGACGACGGUCACAAAGUCGAUUCGGCCAUCGACCUCGACAAGUGCAUCACCAACAGCUGGGGCGAGCUCAAGCCGCUCGCCAACGGAAACUUUGGCAACAGCUGCUGGAGCUGCACGAACUCGUCAAAGAGCAUCUGCUGCUACUGCGAUAUCGGGGGCAAGGACCACAAUUUUGACAUGAGCUGUCUUGACCUGAUGCCUGAGCUAUUUCGGUCCGUGGCGCUAAACCCCACGAGACGGCUGCCUGAAGGCCCCGCUGAAAUGAACGAGUUCGAGCUACGCAGCUUCAGUGCACCACCCUGCAGACCCGACCCGCCUGGUCGCGAGAAGUACAUCUUCGCCAUGUCAUAUCAGGGUUACGGCCAGCCUCCCCCGCCGCAGGGAGGCUACUACCAGCAGCCACCUCCCCAGGGCCAAUACGGCCAGCCGCCCCCUCAACAAUACGGAUACCAACAGCCCUAUGGACAGCCUCCUCCCCCGCAGGGACAGUACGGCCAGCCUCCUCCUCCCCAACCCUACGGACAGCCGCCGCCGCCGCAAGGCUAUGGACAGCCCCCACCGCCUCCUCACCAGUACGGCGCGCCCUCUCCUCAGCCCUACGGUGCCCCUCCUCCACAUCAGGGGUAUGGUGCUCCUCCUCCUCCUCCGCAGGGACACUAUGGACAGCCGCCGCCGCCGCCUCAGGGCUAUGGCGCGCCCCCUCCUCAACCCUACGGCGCGCCGCCCCCGCAGCAAGGUUACGGUGCUCCUCCGCCGCAGCAGUACGGACAGCAGUACGCCAAUGUGCCCCUGACACCGCCGAGCCUCGGGUACGGGCCGCCCCAGAUGAUCCAGUGGGACGGUAGCUCGGACGCGCAGGCGCUGCGCACGGCGAUGAAGGGCUUCGGCACGGACGAGAAGCUGCUGAUCCGGGUGCUGGCCAACAAGGACCCGCUGCAGAUCGAGACGAUCAAGGCGGCGUACAAGCGCAACAUCGGGCGCGACCUGAUCGCCGACAUCAAGUCGGAGACGAGCAGCUGGUUCGAGAAGGGCCUGGUGGCCCUCUGCGACGGCCCGCUGAUGCACGACGUGCACAUGCUCUUCAACGCCGUGGACGGGCCCGGCACCAAGGAGUCGGUGCUCAACGACGUGCUGCUGGGCCGGUCCAACGCCGACCUGCGCGCCAUCAAGUCGGCCUACCAGCAGACGUACCGGCGCAGCCUCGAGGACGCCGUGCGCGGCGACCUCAGCAUGAAGACGGAGCGGCACUUCAUGAUCGUGCUGCAGGCGGCGCGCGCCGAGGACGCCGUGCCGGUCAACAAGGCCGAGGUCGACCGCGACGUGCAGGAGCUGUACAACGCGACCGAGGCCAAGCUGGGCACCGACGAGAUGAAGGUGUGCAGCAUCCUGAGCACGCGCAACGACGACCAGAUCCGGGCCAUCGCGUACGAGUACCAGCAGAAGUACGCCCGGAGCCUGGAGCAGGUGAUUCGCAAGGAAUUCUCGGGCCACAUGGAGGAGGCGCUGCUCUUCCAGCUGCGGCACGCGUCGGACAAGUACAUGCACCAGGCGGCGCUGCUCGAGGACGCCAUGGCCGGCGCGGGCACCAAGGACCACCUGCUCGUCAGCCGCGUGGUGCGCGCCCACUGGGACCGCAACAACAUGGCGCAGGUGCGGGCGGCGUACCACAAGCGGUACGGCCGGGACCUGGCGAAGCGGAUCAAGGGCGAGACGAGCGGCGACUACGAGAGGCUGCUGCUGGCUUGCGUUGGCGAGAAUGUCUAG